AUCAGUGCAAUUGCUCAAGUGUUUUACUCCAUUGUAGCUUUUAAAGUGAAUCAUAAAAUGCAGUUAAUGUGGAGGCCACUAUGUGUCACUCUUGUUUCACUAGCUGUGUUAAAGGUGUGUCUCUCCUCCUCCUCAUCAUCAUGACCAGCCCCCCUCUCUCUCUUUGCUCUCUCUUAUUCUCUCACCCUCUCCUUCAUGUAUCUCUGUAUUAAACCUCUUCACUACAGAACGUCGGGUUCAGAUGUGAAAAAAACAUCUAGAAAUUUAUGGAAUAUUGUAUGCGGUUUUGGACUAGCUUUGAUGAUUUUUGACGGAUAUAAAACUUCCAUGCUUUUGGAUUUAUUGUCGCUAUGGUUUUGUCCUGGGGAUAGAAGGGGAGCUUUGGCUGUUUCCUUUUGUCUCUCGUGGUCUGAAAAGGAUCCUUAACUCAACUGAAAUUAAACUAUUUUUGAUCGAUUUUUGAUGGCAAUUUUCAAGAUUAUUGUGGAGAAUAAAUAAGCAAACAUGUUUAUAUAUACACAGAGGAAUUUAAUAGCCUGCUUCUCAUUUGCUUUGACUUGUCAUUUCUUGGAGGCUGUAACUGGUCAGAUCUCAUACAGUGUCUCGGAGGAGGUGAAACAGGGAACCACAGUCGGUAAUAUAGCUAAAGACAUUAACCUUUCAGUAAAAGAUCUGCAAUCCAGGGGCUUCCGUAUCGUGUCAGGCUCUAAAAAGCAGUAUUUUAGUGUAAAUAUAGAGACGGGCGCUUUGCAGGUGAGCGAAAGGAUUGAUCGUGAGGAGCUUUGCGCAGGCGCAGUCUCAUGCUCCGUUAAUCUGGAAGCUGUGGUGAACAGUCCAUUACAACUCUUCCGGGUAAGAAUAAACAUUCUUGAUAUUAACGAUAACUCUCCAGUGUUUCCUAUGAGCUCUGUAGUGAUUAAUGUUAGUGAAAGCACCGCGCCCGGUGUGCGAUUUCCACUGGAGAGCGCGCAUGACGCAGACAUUGGAGUGAAUUCAGUAAAAACCUAUAAGCUUACAUCUAAUGAUUACUUCACUUUAGAUGUACAAACUCAUAGUGAUAAGACGAUCUCCGCUGAGUUAAUGCUUCAAAGGGCUUUGGACAGAGAGAAAACUCCGCAGCUUGAGUUCACAGUGACUGCGGUUGAUGGUGGAUCGCCUGCCAGGACUGGAACCGUAAUGAUCGAAGUUAAUGUGUUAGAUAUCAAUGACCACGCUCCAGUUUUUAGUAAACCAUUAUAUAAAGUCUCCAUAGCCGAACACGCGCCAAUUGGCACAACAGUAACCAGACUACACGCUCGAGAUCUAGAUGAAGGAUUGAAUGCGGAGAUAGUUUACUCCUUUAUCACUCGAACACCCCAAAAUAUUUUGGAGAAGUUUGAAAUUGACUCACAAAGUGGAGAUGUGAAAAUUAAAGGUGAUAUUGAUUAUGAGCAGAACACCGCUUUUGAAAUCAGAAUUCAAGCCACUGAUAAAGGUCCAGUAACUAUGUCAGGUCAUACUAAACUUUUAAUAGAAGUUCUAGAUAUUAAUGAUAAUCCCCCAGAUGUGACUGUAACGUCACUUCUUAGUCCAGUAGAGGAAAAUGCGGGGAAGGGAACAGUAAUUGCCCUAAUGACGGUAUCAGAUCCAGACUCAGGUAAAAACGGAGCAGUGCGUGUUCGCCUUGCUAGAUCCAGUCCAUUUAAAUUACAGUCAUCCUUUCAGAACUACUAUUCAUUAGUUUUAGAU